CCGACCCAUCUCUACCACAGAUGUUUGUCCCUUGCCGCCAUAUUGAAUUAAUAUCUUUAAUCUGAAUUUUAUUUUUUCUUCUGAUUUUAUCUUUGGAUUUUAUAGAUGCUUAUAACAAAUAAUGGAUAUACGAAAUUUGGAUGGAAGUAGGGUCAAAUUGGCAUUGGAGACUCUUCAUGCAGAAAGUCAAGAUUUCCUAUAUUCCAUUACCAAAGUACCCGAACUACCAUGCUCCAAAAUAUACCACGAUUCAUGGCCCUUCGACUUUUUAAGGGAUUACGUUUCGAAAAAUUUUCCCGUUCUAAUCAAAGGUGGCUGUAAUGACUGGGCAGCAGUGAAAAAAUGGAAUUCUGAAUAUUUCAAAGAACAUUUUUCAGAAAAAGAUGUUGUUGUGACAUUAACUCCAAAUGGAUAUGCUGACGGUGUUGCAAAUUAUGAGGGACAGGAUUAUUUUUUUUUGCCCGAGGAAAAAACAAUGAAAUUUGGGAACUUUUUGAAGACUUUGCAAGAAAAAAAGGAAAGUUAUGUGACCUACAUACAGCAACAAAAUUCAAAUUUAACUCAGCACUUUAGCGAGUUCAUGGGAGAUGUACAGGAAGAAUUUCAUUGGGCUUCCAAAGCUUUCAAUAAAAAACCUGAUGCUGUCAAUUUUUGGAUGGGAGACGAAAGAGCAGUUACAAGCAUGCACAAAGAUCCCUACGAAAACAUCUACUGCGUCAUUGACGGCCACAAAGAUUUCCUCCUUAUACCGCCUGUUGACUUACCUUAUGUGCCUUAUAAAAACUACCCUGUUAAAAAAUAUGAAAACGUCCAACCCGGAGGUUCGUUCGACCUAGAAUCAAAUCCACAAGAAAAUAAUAUAUUCUGGAUAGCUGCGGACCCAUUGAAUGGCAACUUACUCGAAAUUUAUCCAGAUUUUUUUGUUACAGCCAGGCAAUUCCACGUUCGAGUGGAAAAAGGGGAUGUUUUAUAUUUGCCAAGUUUCUGGUUUCAUCACGUUAGGCAAAGCCACAAAUGCAUAGCUGUGAAUUAUUGGUACGAUAUAGACUAUAAUGAUCCAAAAUAUUGUUACUACAGAAUGUUGGCUAGUUUGUGCGAUAAAGAUAAAUUCAUUUAAAAAUAAAUAAAAUAUUAACUAAAAACUAAAUAAAAACAUACGAAAUAUUAAAAAUGCUACAUUUUGUCUUUUAACAUGGUGUUCGACUUUUCUCAGACUCAGCUCCAACUAGCUUUAUAAGGGUAUCUGUCGAUAUGGAUUUAGGUCUUUCAAUGGGCAAACCGAGAGCACGAUCCCAUACAAGUGAAGAUAAUACUCCAAGGGCUCUGGAGACUCCAAAAAGUACAGUGUAAUAAUUAGUUUCUCUCAUUCCAUAAUGCUGGAAAGAACAAUUUACAUUUUCUUUAGAAAAGUGAAAGUUUUGUAUGGAAACAGGAACAGUGUGAUAUG